AUGGGAGAAAUUAGUAGUAGUGGUGGUGGUUCACUUGAAAGUUCUCCAACUUGGGCUAUCUCUAGUUUUGCUUUCUUCUUCUUUUUCUUAGCUUUUAUCAUUGAAACUUCUCUUCACCGUCUUGCUCAGUUUCUCGCGAGGAAGAGAAUCAAAUCGUUCGAAAGAGGUUUGCGAAAGAUCAAGACAGAAAUGAUGAAGAUGGGAUUCAUGUCUUUGCUUCUUGAGUUAUUGGAAUCAUCCAUACCAAACAUAUGUGUGAGCAAAAGGGUGGCAAAAUCAUUUCUUCCUUGUAAAGAUAUCGCAAUGGAGUACUUGUCCAUGGAGCCCGUUGUUUUCACUUCAAAAAAUAAAAGUUUAGGUUUUAAUUCACCGACAACCCUUCCUCUACUCAAUUCAGAGCAAGCUGAUCACUGUGAGUCGAAGGGAAUGGUUUCUUUGAUGUCAAGGGAAGGAGUCUCGCAGCUGAAUUUAUUAAUUUCUGUGUUGGCUGUAUUUCAUGUUCUCUAUUGUAUCUUCACAAUGUGUUUAGGGAUUGCCAAGAUAAGAAAAUGGAAAGCAUGGGAGAAGGAGACUCAAGCUCUUGAUUAUCAGAUUGCCAAUGAUCCAAGGAGAUUUAGACUCACACGUCAAACAUCUAUUGGGAAAAGACAUCUAAAUUUCUAUGCCACUCAUCCACUCCUAAUUUGGCCUGUUUGCUUCAUAAGACAAUUCAGUGGCUCCGUUUCAAAAUCUGAUUAUUUCACUCUACGCAAUGGCUUCAUUGUGUCCAACAUUGCUGGAGGAUCUGAAUUCAAUUUCCAAAAGUUUCUUCAUAGAGCUUUUGAUCAUGAUUUUGUGCAAGUUAUUCAAAUCAGAUUCUGGAUAUGGAUUUUUUCCAUACUGUUAAUAUUUUUCAGUGCACAUGAGUUCUACAACUAUUAUUGGCUCCCAUUUAUCCCAUUAGUGAUUGUAGUAACAGUGGGAACAAAGCUGGAAGUGAUUAUAACCAAAAUGUGUGUAGAAAGUAGCAAAAGGAAGCCUGUGAGCAGCGGAGCAUUUCUAGUGAAGCCUCAGGAUCAACUAUUUUGGUUUAGUAAACCCAGCUGGCUUCUCUACCUAAUUCAGUUCGUCCUAAUUCAGUGUGAAGUUAUAGAUCUAGACGAUCCUAUAAAUAGGAUUGAAAAUGCUACCAAGUAUGAAGAACAAUACACAUAA